GCUCUGACGCACGCCUGAGCCGACGUCUACGGCGGCGGGAGGGGGCCGGCACCGAGGACCGGGAGCCGGAGCCUCACGGGCGGCUCUGGCAGCAUGUAAACAACCCUUUGCCAAGAACCUGGGUCACUGCUAAGAAGGACCUUCAGGGGAGACGACUACCAGAGGACACCAGUGCCAGGCACGUCUGGGAUUGUGCUCAUGGCAGGCAGCAUGAGACGUUCUGUGCCUACCUCUGGAUGCUACUGGCAGAGGCUGGAACUGUCCAGGUAGGAGGGUCCCGGGGCAGCCAGCGCCAGGAGCCUCCUGAGGGAGCAUGGAGCCCAGAUAUGAACUCUCUACAGUGAACUUGGUUUCAGUUUAUGAAGGAUUUUAAGUCAAAGUUAUUUAAUUUACACAUACCGACUUUUAGAAGCCUUUGGCGUGAAGUGCCAGCAGUCACCCUUGCCCACUGGACUUACUGGGAUUUUUCUGGCACCAAGGUGUGCUCUUCUUGGUACUUCUGGCAGCACGGAUCUGCAGGACAGGUUUACCUACUGAACGUCUCCGGCAGGAAGAAAGUCGACCUCUGGAAGUGGAGUACACAUAGCCCCACAGAGCUCUGGUUUGUGACAAGCUCAGCUGGGACUCGAAUGCUGCUCCUGAAGCCUUAUCCUGCCUCAUCCCUCCAAGGUCCACUGCGCUGGGGAGACCUGGCGUUUUGGGGCAGCCUCCUGUGGCCCUUUUCUACUGUUACUCUGCCCACCCAGCCAUAUAUGCAAGCAGUUGGAUGACGUGAUUUUUGGGAUGGCGCUUGUUACUCAUGGGCAGCCGGCUUCCUUUCUCAUGCUGAUACUGUUGGAAGGGACUGUCUGAAGGCUGUAUUUUUGUGUGAGGAGGAAGGCAUCGGCCUGGCCUGCAUCCUCCACCAUGUUCCUGUUGUUGCCUUUUGAUAGCCUUAUUGUCAACCUUCUGGGCAUCUCCCUGACUGUCCUCUUCACCCUCCUGCUCGUUUUCAUCAUCGUCCCUGCCAUUUUUGGAGUCUCCUUUGGUAUUCGAAAACUGUACAUGAAGACCUUGUUAAAGAUCUUCGCGUGGGCUACCUUAAGAAUGGAGAGAGGAGCCAAAGAGAAGAACCACCAGCUUUACAAGCCCUACACCAAUGGAAUCAUUGCAAAAGACCCCACAUCAUUGGAAGAAGAAAUCAAAGAAAUCCGUCGAAGUGGCAGUAGUAAAGCUCUGGAUAAGACGCCAGAGUUUGAGCUCUCUGACAUUUUCUACUUUUGCCGGAAAGGAAUGGAGACUAUUAUGGAUGAUGAGGUGACAAAGAGAUUCUCCGCAGAGGAGUUGGAGUCUUGGAACCUGCUGAGCAGAACCAAUUACAACUUCCAGUACAUCAGCCUCCGGCUUACUGUUCUCUGGGGGUUAGGAGUGCUGAUUCGUUAUUGCUUCCUUCUGCCACUCAGGAUUGCUCUGGCGUUCACAGGGAUUAGCCUCCUGGUUGUAGGAACCACCAUGGUGGGAUACCUACCAAAUGGAAGGUUCAAGGAGUUCUUGAGUAAACAUGUUCACUUAAUGUGUUACCGGAUCUGUGUGCGAGCCCUGACAGCUAUCAUUACCUACCACGACAGGAAAAACAGACCAAGAAAUGGUGGCAUCUGUGUGGCUAAUCACACAUCUCCCAUUGAUGUGAUCAUCCUGGCUAGUGAUGGCUACUAUGCCAUGGUGGGUCAGGUGCAUGGGGGCCUCAUGGGUGUGAUUCAGAGAGCCAUGGUGAAAGCCUGCCCACAUGUCUGGUUUGAGCGUUCUGAAGUGAAAGAUCGCCAUCUGGUGGCUAAAAGACUGACGGAACAUGUGCAAGAUAAAAGCAAGCUGCCUAUCCUUAUCUUCCCAGAAGGAACCUGCAUCAAUAACACAUCAGUGAUGAUGUUCAAAAAGGGAAGUUUUGAAAUUGGAGCCACUGUUUACCCUGUCGCUAUCAAGUAUGACCCUCAGUUCGGUGAUGCCUUCUGGAACAGCAGCAAGUAUGGCAUGGUGACGUACCUGCUGAGGAUGAUGACCAGCUGGGCCAUUGUCUGCAGUGUUUGGUACCUGCCUCCUAUGACCAGGGAGAAAGACGAAGAUGCUGUGCAGUUUGCCAACAGGGUGAAGUCGGCCAUCGCCCGGCAGGGAGGACUGGUGGAUCUGCUGUGGGACGGUGGGCUAAAGAGAGAAAAGGUGAAGGACACGUUCAAAGAGGAGCAACAGAAGCUGUACAGCAAGAUGAUUGUUGGGAACCACCAAGAUAGGAGCCGGUCCUGAGUCCACGUCGCCUGCUGGAGCCGCCUCCGCUUCCUGACACGUGAGCCAGCUGACUUGUUGCUGCUCAGCCUCUGCCACCACCACCUGCCACCAACUGCCCCUCCCUCCAGACUCGGGUCCUCAGGCUGCUCUGGAUCCCAGGACUCAGCUUCUUCAGAGCCACACAGCCUGCCUGCCUGCCACCCUCUGACCAGAUCACUGCUGGGUGGGGCUCCCUGGGACAGUCCGCCCUCUGGAGGGAUGCCGUUGCAGCGGCUCUCUGCCUGUGUGCUGGGCCGUGCUGCUCUCUGGGGAAGAUGGACCCACUGUCCCCUGGUAGGAGAUUGGGCGUUAGUUUGUAGCAGCACCCAUGUGCUGGGGACUUUGCUGGGGAGGUGUACAGCUCCAGAGGAGGGCACUGCCAAGAUGAUCUGGCCUGCUUCAGCCUAAAUACCCCCAGCCUUGGAGUUCUGUAGGCCAGAGGAAAAGAAAACUCUGCAAGUCUAUUUGUUCUGUUGAGCAAAACGAAGUGUUAAGUUCUUGUGUUCCUGCUUAGGGGAGUCACCAAAGGGGGUGGGAAGAGGCUGGUGGGCCACAGGCCAAUCCAGUGUGCGCCAAGAGUUGCUUUGUGCUCAAACUCCAGGCUAGGCCUGCAUUAUUCCCCAUGUGACUUGCUGCUGAAUGUGUACCUUGGUUUCCCCAUCUGUCACAUGGCUCAGCAGGGGAAGGUGGUGAUACCUACCUCACAGAGUUGUGUGGGGAUUCCAGUGCUGCAUGCAGAAAGGCAACAGUGCACUGUCACAUCCAGCCUCCUGGGCUGAGGCUGCAAAAGGUGGGGCUCAUCGCUGCUGCCAGGGCUUUGGACUUGUUUUGUGAGUAAAUAAAACCCGAUGGUGAAUAAAUUGAGGGGGUUUCCCCUCACUCCCUGAGAAA